AUGAGGUCAUACAACUUGACAUUAGAUGCUAUGAACUUUAACAACAACUUCACAACAACCAUUAACCCUGAAAUGCAAAGUUCUAUUAUGCCAUAUGUGAAAGUAUGGACUCAUACAGGAGGUCAAAAAACUCAAUAUACAAAUGGAGACCGUUCAAACUUUUGGCUUGGCAUUCCAUUUGCUGACUCAGAAGACUUUAUGGGUGGUAUUUCAACUGUUGGUACAGUUCAAAUACAAUAUACUGGUGACAGAGACGGUCCAGAUGAAUUGAAAGCAAAGAAGUUUACAAAACCAAUAGCACUUUUCACGGAAGAUGCUCUUUUGAAGAUUCGUUCGAUGAAACCUGCUGGGGCUCCUCAGAUUGGCAUAACGACAGCUUCCGUCGAGCAGAUUUUGGCAGCAGGUCAGUAA